GUCGGUUCAGAACAGACGGGUGUCAAACAUGGCAGGUAGGGUAGCGAAGCAGAGCCGCUCUGGAAAUGCUGGCCGUAAAGGUGCAACUGAUCAAGAAGAAGAGGAACAGCCACUUCAAGCUGUACUUAUUGCUGACAGCUUCAACCGCAGGUUUUUCCCCAUCACUAAAGACCAGCCCCGCGCACUAUUACCUUUAGCGAAUGUCUCUAUGAUUGAUUACACAUUAGAAUUUCUCACCGCAACCGGUGUUCAAGAGACGUUUGUCUUCUGUUGCUGGAUGUCUAACAAGAUAAAGGACCAUUUGUUGAAGUCAAAGUGGUGCCGCCCCACUUCUCCAAACACAGUGCACAUUAUUACCUCUGACCUUUACCGAUCUUUGGGUGAUGUGUUGCGAGAUGUUGAUGCCAAGGCCUUGAUCCGUUCAGAUUUUAUCUUGGUUUAUGGAGAUGUGGUGUCCAACAUUGAUGUCACCCAAGCAGUACAAGAACAUCGGCAAAGACGCAAAUUGGAAAAGAAUGUGUCUGUGAUGACCAUGAUCUUCAAAGAGUCCUCCCCUGGACAUAAGUCCCGCUGUGGUGAAGAUGAUAUUAUAGUGGCCAUGGACAGCAAAAGUAAGCGUGUUCUUCACUACCAGAAGACUCAGGGGUUGAAGAAACUUCAGUUUCCCAUGAAUAUUUUCCACAGUGGGAGUGAUGAAUAUGAGAUUCAACAUGAUCUCCUAGACUGUCACAUCAGCAUCUGUUCCCUACAAGUGGCUGAGCUGUUUACUGACAAUUUUGACUACCAAACCAGAAAUGACUUUGUCCGAGGGCUUUUGGUCAAUGAGGAGAUUUUGGGAAACCAGAUUCACAUGCAUGUCACCAAGGAUGGCUACGGGGCUCGCGUCUCCAACAUGCUCAUGUACGACGCCGUCUCAUCAGACAUGGUCCGGCGCUGGGUCUACCCCCUCACCCCAGAGGCCAACUUCGCUGACCAGGAGGGCCAACGCUGCACCCACUCCAGGCACAACGUGUACCGGGGCCCAGGAGUCAGUCUGGGGCACGGCAGUCAGAUGGAGGAGAACGUUCUCAUUGGACGAGACACCAGCAUCGGAGCCAACUGCUUCAUCUCCAAUAGUGUCAUCGGGGCUAACUGCUCCAUAGGGGAUAAUGUGGUGUUGGACCGAGCCUACAUCUGGAGUGACGUCACCAUUGCGAGCAAUGUGGAGGUCCAUCAGUCAGUCAUCUGCGAUAACGUGGUGGUUAAAGAGGGCGUCACUCUGAAGAAACAGUGUGUCCUGGCAUUCAAUGUUGUGGUUGGACCUAAUCUCACAUUGUCAGAGGGGACCGUGGUGUCCAUGCACCAUCCAGAUGAGGAGGAGGAGGAGGAUGAAGAUGAGUUCCUGAGCGAUGACGCUGAGACUGGCCAUAGCAAAGGUGUAAUGAAGCAGAAGGCAUUCAACCCUUCUGAAGUCGGAGCGGAGGGCAAAGGCUAUAUUUGGAGGAACCCUAGUCUGGAUGACACGGAGGACGAUGAGCUCGCUCAGUGCUUAUGGGGGCUGGUGCUGAAUGCUGACCUGGAGAGUGACAGUGAGAGCGAGGCCAGCGAAGGCUCCCAGGACCCAGGAAGCCGGGGCAUGUCUCCAGAGCUCGACGACGUGAAAGUGUUCCAGACAGAGGUUCAAGGCACUCUGCAGAGAGGGCUGGAGGAGAACAUUGGCUGUGACAAUCUCGUGUUAGAGAUCAACUCGCUCAAGUAUGCUUAUAAUAUCACCCUGAAGGAAGUCAUGCAGAUCCUCAUGAGAGUAGUGCUGGAGUACCCCUUCUACCAGCAGGGGGAGCAGCUGAACACAGCCCAGUACUGCACAUUACUCAUCCCGCUUUUAAAGAAAUGGGCACCUGUCUUCAAGAACUAUGUGAAGAGGGCCCAGGACCAUCUAGACUGUCUGGGCUCCAUGGAGGAGUUUUUCCUGGAACACGAGGGUCAUUGGGGAGCGCUGGUCAAAGUGCUGAUGAACACAUACCAGCUGGAGAUUCUGGAGGAGGAUGCCAUCAUGCGUUGGUUCUCUCAGGGGGUCACCUCAGACAAAGGCAAACAGCUACGCAAAAACCAAGGGCUAUUGAAGUUCAUCAAGUGGCUGGAGGAGGCAGAGGAGUCAUCAGAGGAGGACUGACAUGGGAACUGCAGGAGCCUGAUAGAUGGACACACCAAGUACACACCCUGACCCAGCGCACAGCAUGGGAUUACUCCAACAUGGACAUCUGUGUGAACUCUUAUAUAUAUUUUGCAUCUGGUGCCGUUUUAUUUUGUGCCUGUGAAUAGUUGGCAUAACAAUGUUAACUCCUCUAAAUCAGGGUCAUCAAGUUUGCCAGAGAAACGGCUGAUUUUAGCAUUGUUUAAUAUUUUUGUCAGCGGUUUCAUGGUUGCAACAAUUAAUUAGUUGGCUGUGGAAAUCCACAUACAGGUGAGGCAUAUUUGUUGAAAUGUACUCAUUAAAUAUUUUGUGUUAAUCAAAAGAGAAAAACACAAAAUACUGUAUGAUUGAACAAUUGCUUAUAAUUCCCAGUAAACAAAAAUAUGAUGGAAAGCAA